AGGGGAAGUUGAACUGUCACCAAACCAGCGUCUCCUCGCACGUUGUCCAGUUACUUGACGGAAUGGUGGUGGAAUUCGUUCACUUUUCCUUACAGAACUGAAGAAACAUUAGUUUUUGCCUAAAUGAAUUUCGACCAGAUUUUGAGUGCUGUGGGUGGCUUUGGCAGAUUCCAAAAGCUCCUGUACGUAUGGAUCUGCAUCCCACAGAUCCCGCUCGCCUUUCACAUGAUGGCAAGCAUAUUUACCGGAGCGACACCUCCGCACUGGUGCCGAGACUCGCCAAGCGUCUUAAGAAACACCUCUGGCCAUGGCGUGGAGAGGAAUAUGCUCAAAACUGGAGCCCUGAUCGACAACACCAGCAUCCCUUUGAGCAUUGAACGGGGUGAAAGUUGUGGACUUGUGGUGGUCGUCAAUGGAAGCAGCCCCCUCUCUUGCAGUCAUGGAUGGGAAUACAGCAGCGAGAUAUUUCACAACACCAUUGUCACUGAGUGGGACUUGGUUUGUGACAGGGCCAGCCUCAACAGUUUGGGGACCUCCAUCUACAUGUUUGGUUUACUGGUUGGUGCUGCCGUGUUUGGGGCCCUGGCCGACAGGUAUGGCCGCAGGUUCUGUCUGCUCUUGUCUCUGGCGGUGCAGGCUGUGUUCGGUACAGCUGCUGCGUUCGCUCCAAACUUCCCUGUCUACGUGCUGCUGCGCUUCGUGCUGGGCACCUCCAUCUCUGGAGUCAUCAUCAACGCCUUCGUACUGGGCACAGAGUGGACGUGUACACAGCGCCGCCUGCUGGCGGGGAUCAUGACGGACUACUUCUUCGGCCUGGGCUACAUGCUGCUGUCUGGCAUCGCCUACCUGCUGCGGGACUGGAGGCAGCUGCAGCUCGCCAUCUCCGCACCGGGAUUCAUCUUCCUCUUUUACAUUUGGCUGGUGCCUCAUUCUGCACGCUGGCUACUGGUGAACGACCGCAGGGAGGAAGCCGUCUCUCUCUUGAAGAAGGCAGCCAAGAUCAAUGGCAGAUCCUUCCCCAGCGCCGCACAGGUGGAGCGGUGUGAUAUUGUGGGGGAGGGGAAGAGUCAACAUAGCCCCAUGGACCUGCUGAAGACUGCAGAGAUGAGGAGAAGAUCCCUUAUACUGUUCUAUUUAUGGUUUGUGAACGUGCUGGUGUAUUACGGCCUCUCUCACGGCAUCUCCAGCCUCGGGGUGGACCUCUACCUGACACAGUUCAUCUUCGGCCUGGUGGAAAUCCCCGCCAGAUCAUUGGUCCUGCUUGUGUUGCCAUGGAGUCGCAGAAUCCCCCAGAGCGUGUUCAUGGCGAUUGGCGGAGCGGCGUGUCUGCUCACCCUCGCUGUACCAGCAGGUAAUCCCCAGGUGGUCACAGCUCUGGCUCUGGUGGGGAAGUUUGGGAUCACGGCCUCCUUUGCAGUGAUCUACAUCUACUCAGCCGAGCUCUUCCCCACAGUCAUAAGGCAGACGGGUAUCGGCAUGGCGUCCAUGUUUGCGAGGUCGGGUGGCGUGCUGGCACCGCUGAUCAACAUGCUGAGGGAGCGCGGACCUACCGUACCCAUGCUCAUCUUCGGCUCCGCCCCCCUACUGGGCGCCGCCCUCGCCCUUGCGCUGCCCGAGACGGCCAAUCAGCCGCUGCCAGACAACAUCGAGGACAUCCAGGAGCCCUCUGUGAAGAUCAGCCAGUCUCAGAGUCCACCAGAGGGGCAACAGCUACAGGAUCUGGCAACCGAUUCUUGACAAAUAUGAAAUAAAAAAAAAACAUCAAAAAAAGA